AGCGUUACAAACUUCUCUUUAAGACAAAGGCCUACCAACAAUGUAAUCUUUCUCCCAUAUAUUUGAGCUAAUUUAGUAACUGGUUGUGUUUGUUUUCCACUUCUGAGUGGUGUUUGUUGUUUUUGGGCAGGAAUUUGACUUGACAAGUGAAAGGUUCCUUGUGCCGGAGAUGAUCUUCCAUCCUGCUGAUUUGGGUUUGUCUUAUAUUCUGGUUUCAAAGUACACACUUUUGGGGUUUUAGUUUGAUUCUUGAAACAAAUACGAUGUAUGAUUCUUUGUUGUUGAAUGAAACAUUACAGUAUCCUUUUGUGGUUCAUGUUCGCUAGGGGUUAUUACUUUUGCAAGUUGUUGCUUGAUUCAUGUAGAUUAGCUGUUUCUGUAGAAUAUGAUACUGUGUGGCAUAAUAGGAGGUAUUUAGAAAUUCUAAUACUUGUGUGAACACUGUAUAUGAUUUAGUAAUGAUUUUUGCUCAUUCCUUUGGGAACUCUACGAUUUCUUAUAAGGCAAAAGCGCUAACUUGGACCUGUUUUGCAAGAAUGAAUCAGGCUGGGUUAGUGGAGUGCAUAGUUCUAGCUGUCAGUUCCUGCCAUCUUCAUCUUCACCCUGUACUCCAUGAAAGUGACCUUCCAAACUCUGCAUUUUACUUGAAAGAAAAAAAAAUUUAUUGUCAGUACUUACCCUUGUGUCUGAAUGUGUUGGCCAGCAUUAUUUUAACCGGGGGAAGCACACUAUUUCCUCGACUUGCUGAUAGACUAGAGAGGGAGCUGCGGCCUCUUGACAUAACUCCUCAACAAGACCCCAUGCUAGGUGUCUGGCGAGGAGGAUCUCUGUUUAGGCAUCUUUGGCCAGUGACCAUAUAGCAUCAAUCAACCGCAUGAUGUGGAGCCCGGAUGGGACACUUUUAGGUAAACAUAGGUGUCCUUGUUUGUUUAGUGUCUUUAAUUUUAUUCUCAUAUUGUGAAGAAGACACCUGCUAGUUCAUCACAAGAAAGUAUUAUCAAGAAAUAGGAAAUGAAUCUUAAGCUGGUUAUGAUCAAUCAAGUUCCUGCUGCAAGUGUAGCAUACUCUAAGCACAUCAAGCACAUAUACUGUUGGCGUGACUUGUGGAUAUUGACUUA